ACAGUCUCAAUAUCAACUCAAAGCGCAGUCACGGAAAUGAAUGGAAGACCAAAAAUAGGUCGGUCAUCACAAGGUCUAUCUCUCUCUUCCCCUAUGAACCGGAAGUACGAAGCAUAAGAUCCAAUCUUUCUUGCUCCAAUCACCUCUGAGUCCAAAUCCACCAAAACCCAAACCUUUCUCCGAAAGAGAGACCCCUAACAGAGAAAAAGCUCCCACCUUUCCUCGUUUUCUCCUCAAUUCUUCUAUUCCUCUUCCUAUCUGUACCUUCUCCAAUCCAAAUCCAUCCUCUUUCUCCGCGCCAGAAGAUGGCCUCCACCCGGAACCCCUCCUUCACCAAUCCAGAUCCCUGCUCCCACCUCGCCGAGUAUCGCCAAACCCACGGCUUGAAGGGCUACAGCUCCCUUCAAGCCCACCUCCGAACCGCCCCCAGCGGCCGCACGGCGAUCGGAAAGCUCCCGUCUUUGAUCCGCUGGUGCGCCCUCUGCUCCCUUUGCCGUGGCCGCCUCUACCUCUGCCUGAUCUGCUCCUCCGUCUCCUGCUCCGACCAUGCCGCCGCCCAUAGCCGGUCCAACCCCGGCCACGACAUCGCCGUCGACGUCGACCGAGCCGAGCUCUUCUGCUGUCGCUGCGCCGACCAGGUUUACGAUCCCGACUUCGAUAUCGCCGUCAUGGUGAACCAGAUCGUGAAGCUGCCGGAAAGCCGGGAGAGCGGCCGCGGCCGGAAGAGGAGGGCGAAUCCGGUGAAUUUUAAGGACGGGGGGUUGAGGGAGGCGGGUCUUGGGGCGGGCCGGGCGGUAAAGAUCCAACCUUGCCACCCUUGGGGGCUCAGAGGGUUGAAUAAUUUGGGUAAUACUUGCUUCAUGAAUUCCGUUCUUCAGGCGUUGCUCCACACGCCGCCGUUGAAAGAUUACUUCUUGAGUGAUCGCCAUGGCCGGGAGUUCUGCCGCCGGGUGAGGAGGAGGACGAGGAGAUGGGGGAUGGUGUCAGGGGAGCUGCCAUGCUUGGCUUGUGAUGUAGCUGGGGUGUUCUCGGAGGUAUUCUCUCGGGAUCGGAGGCCGUAUAGCCCUGCUCAGUUUCUCUACAGUUGGUGGCAGCAUUCAUCAGACCUUGCCGGCUAUGAGCAGCAGGAUGCCCAUGAGUUUUUCAUCUCAAUGCUUGACAGGAUUCAUGAAAAGGAGCAACCUGACCUCCAAAACAGAGGAGCUGGAGAUUGCCAUUGCAUCGCACAUAGAGUAUUUUCUGGGGUCUUGAGGUCGGAUGUCACUUGCAGCGUCUGUGGUUUCACUUCUACCACUUACGAUCCAUGUGUUGACCUAUCACUUGACCUGGAGCCAUGCAAUGGAAUGAAAUCCAAUGAUAAUUCCAGAAUUUCUACUUUAAUGGGAUGUUUGGACCUCUUCACAAGGCCUGAGAAGUUGGGCUCCGACCAGAAGCUAUACUGCCAACACUGUGAAGUGAGGCAAGACUCGGUGAAGCAGAUGUCCAUCCGAAAGCUUCCAUAUGUCCUGUGCUUCCACGUCAAAAGAUUUGAGCAUUCCUUGAUCAGAAGAACAUCAAAAAAGAUAGACCAGAAUUUGCAAUUCCCCUUUUCGCUCGACAUGAUGCCAUACCUAUCUUCAUCCAUCAUAAGGAACAGGUUUGGCAAUAGGAUCUUUGCUUUUGAAGGUGAUGAAUCGGACAUGUCGAGUGAAUUUUCUUCCGAGUUUGAGGUGUUUGCUGUCAUCACCCAUAGCGGAAGGUUGGAAUCAGGCCAUUAUGUCACUUAUCUUCGGCUAAGAGACCAAUGGUAUAAGUGUGAUGAUGCUUGGAUCACCCAAGUGACCGAAGGUGUAGUGCGAGCUUCACAGGUCUACAUGAUGUAUUAUUUGCAGAAGCAUGGGAAGUGAACUAUUUCUUAUCGCUUCAUGUUAUGGGGGAUGACCUAACGGCCGUGCCCAUGAGAACCACGCUCUCCUGGUUGCUUGCAAAGAAGAACAGUAGAAAUAACUGAUUGAAGACCUCUGCUAAGAGAAGGUGAUGACAUGAAUAUAAAGAGAAAAUGUAGUCCUUUGGUUACCAAUUGAUGAUUCUUUGAUUGCUGAAGUAUGAUGCCAUCUACUCUGUACCCCAAAAAAAGGCUUCAUAUUUUAUAACAAUUCUUUCAUCACUUUUGCUUUGCAUUCUUCGGUUCAGAUUCAGGGUUAGCAUGUUCUACGGUGGAACUGUAUCAGAAGCAUGACAGGAAAACAGUCUUAAGUAUCACUAUGAUCAUCUUAAAAUUGAGACCUAUGCCAUAGUUGUCUGUUUAUGGGAUUUUGCUGUGGUAAUUAAUAUAUAUUGCACAGAUGGUAAGCGAUGUCCAAGGUUGGUAGACUGGUUUGCUUGAGAAUGGUCACUUAAGAGUCCCUUGUUCCUGUCAGCCAGCUUCCCCUUGUGGAGAACGCUCGGAUUGUUAGCUACGGCAGCAGACUGGUUGCUUCAGAAAGCAUCGAAGAACGUUUUUGCCACCAAGAAGGCUCUUAUUAUUGGUUUGGACUAAACAAUAAUGAUUCAUUAAAUCCUAUCAUGGAGAAAUAUUUCUUAUUAUUGGUUAGUUCGCACUAAAAGAUUAUUCAAGAAACUCCUGGUCCAACAUUUAGUGUCUUCCAUGACCAACAAAUUUGCUGGCCACUUGACUCUCCCAAGUAUUUGGUGACCAGUUUAUAGAGGCCCAAAUAACACAAAAUCAGAACCCUAAAGUAAUUGACGUCUGUCCUCUGGAUUGACCGUCAUUUUAUGUUUGAUUUCUCAUGACUCAAAAACUAUUCUUGUCUCUCAUUUGUGAAGGCCAUCCUAAGUUGAAGUCUCCAGUCCUUUAAGCAUUUAUGCAUAACCGUGUAUACAACUCUGUGCAGAAAAACGCAUAAUUGUUUACCAAUCACUGGCCUAACCAUGUAUAAAGAUGAUGUAUAAGAUGCUAAAUGUGAAGUGACAGUUCAACAAAGGACCAUGUGUUAAUUACUCUCA